AAAAGUCCAGUGAUCGAAGUACUACAAUGGUUACACUUAAGUAGUAUAUUCUCCUACUCAUAAUUCUCACAAAUUCUUCGCAUUAUAUAAUCUGAUUCAAUAUUUUAAUAAAAUUACAAGCUAUAUAUGUAGAAAUAUAACUGGUCGAUAGGAUUUAUUAACCAUUGAACCAAUAUAACCAAAGCUUAAGCAAAGGAAAUAUAUGACAAUAGAUUGACGGAUGAUAGACUGACAGUUAUAGUUUGUCCCCUUUAUACAUUAUUAAAAUAUUCUGAUACAUCGCUAGAAGUUAACCAAAAAGGUGAUUUUUAUCUGUUUUAGAAAUAAAAUUUUCAAUCGGAAUUGUGCGCACAAUACUGAAAAGUUUUCGAUAAACUAAAAAGUUAAUAAUUACAUCCGUAAUGUGAGUUAUGAUAUCAAACAAUUCAGGGUACAAACUCAGGGCCUCAAAAAGCUCUAGAGAGGUUCAUGAAUAUGAUUACGGGAAUUCAGAAGAUAAUUACGAUAAUAUAGACGAAGAUGUAAAAGGAACAUCGUAUUUAAAAGAUGCUAGAACUAAUAAAGGCGGGACAGGUAGGACUAGGUCCACUGAAUUUAGGUCUAGCAAAGUUAAUGACCGUAGGGGAAGCUCUAGAAGUAGAGGAUCAGGUCUGCAAGGAAGAAAAGGAGAUAGAGAUUAUUCUGAUAACUUUUAUAAUUUGAGAAAAUAUGAAUCUAGAAAUUCGGAAGCAUUAGGGAGUAGAGGAAAGUUUUAUGAACCUGAAAAGAAAACUGAGAUCAAAUUAAAUCUUCCAGAGGACACGAGAAUAUCAAAACUUCUGAGAAGAUUAAAUAUUGAAACUGAUCAAGACAACUCAUUGGCUAUUUCUAAAAAAUUACUUGAAGUUUUACUAUUACCUGAUAAUGCUAAUUAUGUUAGGAAGGCUUUCCAUAUACUUGGUGAAUCAAUGUUUGAAAUUUUACAUGUCUCUCCCGGUCCUAUGGCAAAAAGACAAGCUGCCAGAGCCUUGGGUCGGAUGGGUUACAUUAUGGGUCAAGAAAAUGAUUUUGAAAGAUAUCAGCACUGGCUAUUCAAUAAGCUAGCCAAUAGUACAGAAGAAAUGCAGAUUCUACUCAUGAAAAGUCUUCACGAGACUUUGAGUUUUGAGGAAAAGAAACCAGUUUUGCAGAGUCACGUUGAAAAUUUAAUCAAUAAUUUAGUUGCUACCAUUGAAACAACAGAAAAUGCUGAAGUUUUUAAAUCUAUUCUGGAUGUGUUAGUGACAGUAGUAGAAAUGUACCAAAGUGAAUUUUAUGAUCAAUUCAGAGAUACCAUAGAUUUGUUAUUUGGAUGGCAUGUAGAUCAUACACAGCCUUUAAGUAACAUUGAAUUUAUUUCCAAAAGCCUACAGAGAAUAUCGCACCAUUUCAAAUACUAUUUAGAAUUUUCCAUCCAAUUAAUAGAGAACUUUUUAGAAGAUAUUGGUAAUUACUCUACACAACUUAAAGAAACUGGAGAUAUGGGUACAGUUGAUCAUGUAACUGUAUUGAUAUUAGCCAUGAAUACUGUUUUAAAAUGUCUAGGACCAUCAUUCCAUCCUCUAACUAACAAAACUGUAACAAUUGAAUUUAUAAAUUCAUCCCUAAUAAGAAUAAUAAAAACAGUACAUGAUACUUUGGAGACUUAUGUACCAGACAAUUUAACAAUAGCCGGUAAUGAUUGUAUAGGUUUAUUACUUGGGUAUCUCGAAAACAAAUCGCAGUUUCUUUGUACACAAAUUUAUGUGUUAAUUGAUCUAGAAAUUUCAAUGUUAUCAGAUUUAUCGGAUGCAACAAUAAUAUCACUACUUGUAUUAAUAUCAAAAGUAGUUAAGGAACUAUCAGCCAAUUUACCCAUAGAAAUCAUAGAUAAAUUAAUUGGGCCCAAAUCCGAGAUAAUAAAAUUACGAUAUUCUCCUUUUAAAAAUAUACAAGAAGCUGUUAUUUGUGUAUAUCAAGCACUUCUUAAUUUAAAAAACGUUUCGUUAUUACAAGAAGCUUACCGAUACGUCAUAGGCGAUCUGGAAAUGGUUUAUAAACAAAUAGUACCAACAAUUGUGGAAACUUUCACUCAAAACAAUCCAUUUAAAGAUUAUGAUGCAAUAAAGGAUCCCGAAGAAACUACACUGUUUCUAUUGAGGUGUUUGUCACAGCUGGCCAAUGCCAGUUCUAUUAUAGUUAUGUGGGCAUUGAAACCUAGUAUUCUUGAACUUGUUGGAGUCACUAUGGUACCAUACGAUAAGAAUUUAUCUAAGAAAGCACCGGCUCUACAAUAUAGUAUGUUGUAUCUGCUAUUUUCUCAUUGCAAAUGCUACAAUCACUUUAUAUCGAACAGUACACUUGUUAACAAAACCCAAGAGGUUCCAAAUAUAAUGAAUAGAUUCGCUUUAACAGAAGGUUUAAAUAUAAACGAUGUUCCAAAUAAAUCCCCAAAUUCUGGUAAUUUCGCAACGAUUUUGGACAUAAUUCACAAUUCUCUCACCGCUGAGACAUCCAACGAGAUACUUUUACUUCUCUUGCAGUGGUUGAAUGACGUGCUCAUAAAUUCUGAAAUCUAUUUAGAAAACUUGUACGUAAAUGAGAAAUUUUUAAAGGUGGUUGAUGCACUGGUCCGUUGCGGUUACUGUUUCAAUGAUAGCGUCGUACUUAUAGUAUACGAUAAUUUAAAUAAGCUGCUAUCCAAUAAACAGUUAUCGUGGUCUUACAACUUUUUAACAAACAUCAGCGAUUUGUGUAAAUUACACAUCAAUUCCAAUAAACCGGAAAUCCGUAAAUGUUAUACGAAAUUAUCUUCGAACAUACCUUGGGAUAUAGCAGUCGUAGAAUUGAACAAAAUGAAUUCUAUACAUUCCAUGAAGCAGAAGAGCACUUAUCUAAAAGAAUACAACAAUCAUACGGUGUAUUUGGCCCAACAUUUACAUUUGAAUGGAACAGUCGAUGGGGAAAUGUACCCCUUGCAUUUCAAGACUUUAAUGAAUUAUUUACUCAGCAAAGAAAACCUUCCAUCCGAUUGGGCGAAGGAAAUAUUUAAUAGUUGUUGGGCCAUCGAAUCUGAUUCACAAAUGAACAUGGAACUCUUUUAUGAACUUAUCACGAACAAUAGGCAAGUUUUGAAUAGUUGGAUCACGUUGGAAGCCGCCGAAUUUUGUGUUAAUUAUAAAUUGAGAACGCCCUUGGGAAAACCCAACGAAACUUUCACAAAAAUCGAAAGCGCUCUGAACAAUUUGGGAAACGAUUUGAUCACUUCAAAAAAACCAAUGGAAAAAAAACCGGAAAUUUCUGCGAACAUCGACGGAAAUAGAGUGAGGAUGUUACUUAGAUUCGUGGAAAAUUUGGAAAAGGCAAUUUACAACGCUUCCGAGGGUUGCGCGAUGGCAAUGCCGCCGGCAACGAAAGUGGUCAGAUCUUUUUUCAUCGCCAAUACAAAUACGUGCCACGAAUGGUUUUGCCGCAUCAGAAUCGUUCUAAUGCACAUAGCUCUGCACUGUGGCGAAAUAAACAUAGCCCUGAGGAACGGACUUUGUUUCCUUAAAGACUACGUAAAUUCCAACAGGACUAAUACCUUGGAAUUCGAAAGAGUAGCUAUGAUAGUUACUUUAGCCAUGUUACAUCUCAAAGAACCGGAAGCCCUCUACGGUUUAUACAGUUGGUGUAAAACGGUAGUCGGUAAAAGGUAUUCGUGGAUGAAAUGCGCCGCCGAACAAUGUUCGAAAAAAUACGAAACCGCAGUCGAAGGUUACAAAAAAAUUUUGCAAGAAAAAACCGACGAAAACAACAAACUCGAUAGCGACAUACACAAUUUUAUAAUCGAUCAAAUAAUCGUUUGUUACAAAGAGAUGAGCAACUGGAUCGAUUUAUUCGAAUGGCAUACGAAGCAAGACAACGUCGAAAACGGACGAAAAUAUUGGUUCAACGUCACCGAUUGGGAAACGAAUCGAAUACUAUUCGAUGCCGAAUCGAAAAAUUUAGCGUUCGAAGAUUUGUCCACGUGGAAUAUCAACAACAAAGAUUCUUGGAGUAUAUACGAAAAUAUAUGUAUGACGGAAAGUAAUUUGUAUAACGUGGCCGUUAAAUUAGCGGUAAGAAACGACGAAGAAAAUUUCAUCCAAGAAAUCGACAAGAUAAUGAUGAAAAUACAAAAUAACAUCGAAGAUCAUUUACAUUUAGCCCCGUCGGAGUUUUUACAAAACUUUUCUCUAUUACAUUACGUCGUAAACGGUUUGAAACAUAUAGCCGAAGGUAAUUUGGCGCACACCGUGUUUUUAGUAUCGGAAUCAUUCGAAAACGAAAUACAAAAAAUCGAUUCGAGCGUAUUGAGAAAAAUACUUUGGUGGUCAGAAUAUUUCGGCAAAGUUCAAAAUCAAGGUUUCAACGUAUUCUGUAGUAAUUUACGAUUAGACAUAAUAAAAAGAUCGAGGAAGGAAAAAAAUUUCAACAUGGCUAUUAAUCAAAUAAACAAAUUUUUCAGAGACAAAGAUUUAGUAGUACUACCGGACGAAAUGAACGUUAAAAAUAUAACAAACACUUUUAUACAUAGAAUAAGCGAAAUAAACGUUUGGACUGUAGACGUAGCCAGGGCCGUAUUCGAAGUAAUCAAAUUAUCGUAUUCGUUCGAACAAAACCAUCAACAAACUUUCAAUUUAUGCGCCGCCUCGUCCACCGCCAUAUCCAAAUACGCCGAAUUAUUCGGCGUUAACGAAUUGAGAAAAUUGAGCAGCAAAAUAUUAUUGAAAUUAUCCAAUUGGUUACAAACUAACGAUAACGUUUCCUUAACCGAAAUGAACAGUCCGUUAGGAAAAUUAAUAUUAGUUUUACCCGAAAUCGGUAUGGGGGAAUCCCCCAGUUCGAAUAUAAUCCCUUUAAACGAAAUCGCCAUCGGGAAAUUAUUACAAUUCAGCGUACACCAUUACGGUAGUUUGGCGAAAAGUUGGAACGAUUUCGGCACGUGGUGUUAUCGUUGGGGUAAAAAAAUCGUCGAUCACAGUUCCGAGAUAAAAAAUAAUUUAACCGACGAACAUUGUUUGGAAAUUAAAAAAUUACUACCCCCCGAAACGACCGAAGAAGAUUUAACGAAAAUAUUUUUCAUAUUGUCCCAAACGAACAGGAAUAUAAUCGACGAAGAAGAUAUCGAUUCCAACGAAAUCAAAACUUCGGAAAUGAUCCAGUCUCAAUUACAAUGCGUCGAAGUGUUACAAGACGCUACCGAAACGCAAUUGAAAAGUUUGUUGCAAAUAUGGAGAAGCACCCAAAAGAGGAUUUACCAUUACUACGCUCUAAGCGCCGAGGCUUAUUUCAAAUAUUUACAAUUAGUUCUACAAUCGGAAAACGUAACCAAAAACACCGAAUGCAAUACGAUCACAGUCACUUUGCGAUUAUUAAGAUUAAUAGUUAAAUACGCCUUGGAAUUACAAAAUAUUUUAGAAGAAGGUUUACAAACGACUCCGACGCACCCUUGGAAAGUUAUAAUACCCCAAUUAUUUUCGAGACUCAACCAUCCCGAAAGUUACGUUCGAUUGCGCGUAUCCGAUUUACUCUGUCGCGUAGCCGAAGAUGCUCCGCAUCUCAUUACUUUUCCCGCUGUUGUUGGCGCUUUGGAAGGCGGAUUGAAAUUCGAUUUUUCCGAAAUAACCUUACCGAAAGAUUGUCUGUCGCAAAAUAACGAAUCUUGCGAAGAUAACGAAGAGGAAGACGAUAAUUACGAUAGCGACGAUAACGAAGAACCAGUCGGUAGUAAUAACAGUUUGCAAAUUUGUUUUAAAACUAUGGUCGAUACUUUGAGUAAGCAGGAUCCCGAAACUAUAUCACAAGUUCAAACAUUAGUGAAGGAACUAAGGAGAAUCACCCUUCUAUGGGACGAAUUGUGGAUAGGAACGUUAGCUCAACACCAAUCGGAAAUUACCAAGAGACAGCAACAAUUGGAAUACGAAAUAGAAAAAGUGAACGAUAAUACGAGCUUAGAUAAAGCGGAAAAAGCAUCGCUCAUCAUAGAAAAACAUAGAAUAAUAAUCAAACCAAUUAUUUUCGUAUUAGAACAAUUACUAGAAGUAACAAGCGUCACAGCUGAAACUCCUCACGAAAAAUAUUUCCAAGAAAAAUAUUUAGAAGAUAUAGUGAACGUAAUAAAAAAAUUGAAAGAUCCAGACCGUCCCGAAAAUCCCCAAGAAUCCUUACUACCCCUUAAACAAUUACAGAAGAAGUUCCAACAGAAAUUCCACAAACGAGCUUCUUAUACCCUCAAAAUGCAAGACAUCAGUCCAGUUCUUUAUGCUCUUAAAGACACCGUCAUAGCAAUGCCCGGUCUGGCUUCGAUAGCUAAAAAGAACAUAACCAUUUCUCACGUUUCCAACGUCGUUUCCAUCCUACCGACGAAAACCAAACCGAAAAAAUUGGUAUUUUUCGGAUCCGACGGUCAGACGUACACCUAUUUGUUCAAAGGAUUAGAAGACUUACAUUUGGACGAAAGAAUAAUGCAAUUUCUCAGUAUAGCUAAUACCAUGAUGGCUCAAAUCGCCGAUCCUUCCGGUUCGAAUUUCUAUAAAGCUAGACACUAUUCGGUUAUACCUCUGGGCCCGAGAUCCGGUUUGAUAUUCUGGGUGGGCGGUACGACUCCGGUGUUCGCGUUAUAUAAACGUUGGCAACAGCGCGAAAUCGCCAAACCGAACGCUAAAAACUUCAACGGAAACGUACUGAGACCUUCCGAUCUUUUCUACAGUAAAUUGAAUCCUCUACUACAAGAACACGGUAUCAAGAACAUCGAAAAUCGCAAAGAGUGGCCGUUAAGUGUUUUGAAACAAGUUUUAACCGAACUAAUGAAUGAAACUCCCAGUGAUUUGUUGUCGAAGGAGUUUUGGUGUAACUCGGUGAGUCCGGAAUUGUGGUGGCAAGUCAUUAAACGGUAUUCUUAUUCCAUAGCGGUUAUGAGUAUAAUCGGUUAUAUAAUCGGUUUAGGCGAUAGACAUUUAGAUAAUGUUUUAGUGGAUUUAACUAGUGGGGAUGUCGUCCAUAUCGAUUAUAACGUUUGUUUUGAGAAAGGAAAAACUUUACGUGUACCGGAGAAAGUGCCUUUCAGAUUGACACCGAACAUUAGAGAUGCCUUGGGUGUAACCGGAGUAGAAGGUAUCUUCCGAUUGGCGUGCGAAAACGUGUUAAAAGUAAUGAGAAAAGGUAGAGAAACUCUCUUGACUCUAUUAGAAGCUUUCGUUUACGAUCCUCUGAUCGAUUGGACGGUCGGCGGCGAAGUAUUGGCCGGUACAACAUUCGGGGCAUUAAACACAAACACGUCAUCGAAACAGAGUAAGAAAGAAUUGGAAAGAGAAGUGACACUAUCAAUGUUCAAUGUGAGAUGUACCGAAAUGAAAGCCGAAUGGAACGAAAACAAAGAAGAAAUUUUGAACGAAAUACCAAAUUUAAUAAAGAACCUCAACGAUUAUCUCGAAUUGAAUGUGAAAAUUGCAGAUAUGGAAGAUAAACUUCAAGAUCUACACCAACAAUUGGCGUUGGUGAAAGAAGCAGAAGCCCAAGGUCUUCAUAAACACUCCUUAUAUUCGUUACCGUCACAUUUCGAAGCCUACCACAAGUCGCAAGCUUCAGUAAAUAACGCAAAAACAGAAUUGCGUAAUAUUAUAACCGAAUGCGAAGAACACGUCAAAAUUUAUUCCAAUCUAUUGGUAUUAUACGAUACCCAACAAUUCUCCCAAUGGUUAAUGGAAAUUAAAGUCAACGUGAACGAAGACAGCAUGCGGAUAUUCGAUUUGGUGAAAGAAUUUUUACACAACGCCGGCAAAAACGAUCUGAUAACCCAAUGCGAACGUUCCGAACAAGAAGUACACGCCCUGCUACAACAUCUCAAUCUAUCCAUAAGAAAAUGUUUGCAAUUAUAUCAAGAUUACUUUUCGAUAUUAUCCCAAUGUCCAAAAUCUUAUCAGGAAUCGCACAGGGUUAACAUGUACGUAAAAUGGUCGAAAUUUCUACUGGAAACCAACAAUUACGCCAGCUGCGACGUCAUCUACGAACAAAUAAGAGAAUUCUUGGACACCACGACAAUAUUACAUCCCCAAAUCGUAAACGUGGCUUACAGCUUGGAAUCGAUUUACAAGGAAAACAUUUUGCAAGUCAGCAAAUUGUUCGGCGAUUUGGAAACGAUCAGAUCCAAAGAUUCCAACGAAUCUUUAGAUAAAUUGUACAACAACGCCAAAGCCGGUAUCGAUACUUUCGUCAAUAUGGAAAAAGGAGCUACUAACGCUUUGGAGUUCGUCAUAGCCAGCGAACUCGUAUUGCUAAAUAGAAAUUUGUUGACUUUGGAAAUAGCGGCGCAACGUAGCGGCGAUUGGUUGAUAAAACUCACGUCUCGCGACGGCGAUUGGUUUUUGGACGAUCUCCUACUCCAUAGUACCAAAGCCGUAGAAAUGAUUGGAAAUUUACCGUCUUCGAAACGUAAUUACGCCGAUAAUUUCGGCAAAGUUUUAGGCGGUAUCAGAAUAGCGAGCAACAUCUAUAAGGGACUGUACGAUUUGAAUUUCAAUUUUCACACCAUCAUACUUCCGGAAUCCAUGAAGAAGAUACAAGCCGAAGAACCAUCGGUGAUUGAAUUGGUGAAUGAUCUCAAUAGAGUCGUGGGAGAUAUCGGAGUUUCCAUUCCGGAUAUGAUUGUGCAAUUGGAGAAGCUGUUGACGUGUAUCCUAAUGCAGAUGGAUUAUAACAAUACCUACGAAUAUAUUUUGGAACGUGUAGCUUAUACAAAAAAGCAAUUUAUGGCUCUAAUACCGAACCAAUCUGAGGAACUAAGUCAAGGGAAGAUGCUCCUGAUGGGAUUCAAUGGGUUAUUCGAAAAAUUAUCACAAGAAAUAACAAACUUAACAAACACCUUGGGUAAUAUCGAUAUACCGAAAUCAUGGAAGAGGUUGGAUCACGUAAAAGAAGCAAGGAAUAUAGCACCACACAUAUUCAACCCCAAAGUUCGAACUAUACUCGAAGACAUAUUUUUCUUAAAGAGACUCAAAGCCAUAGUGGAAUUUUUCGCCCUAGUACAAGAAAUGUGUCAAUCAUUGAAAGGUAUAGGAUCCGGUAUAGUUUUCAACGAUGAACAACUAACGAAACCAGUAAAACAAUUCAUAGCGGAAUUUAUAUCGAGAAAAUUAUUAGGUAUCCUACCCGAAUUUAUAACGUACGCCGUUUGUUAUUUACUACAAAAUUUAGGUUUAGAUGUUACCCACGAAAUCGAACAAAAAGACAUAGGGGCCGAAAGUAAAGUACCUUUAGACGAACUGUACACUAAAGCGUGGAACAUCCUACUCAAAGACGGUACCUUUUCGCAAAACAUACUAUCACAAGCUUCUAGUCUAGAAACCAACCUAAAAUUAGCUUGGGAAAAAAUACAAGAACCUAAAAAGAUAGAACAAAAACUAACCGUACUACAAUCUAGUACAAUAAGAUUACAAAGUCAGUUAGCUGUACAUAAUAUGAUGUUCGAUGAGGUACUACAAUUACAACAAUUUUCAUCGGUGAGGACAAAAUUUACCAUAGACAUUCAAAGCGAAGUUACAAAUCUACAAAGCAUCUAUAGACAAAUGACAGAAGCCAAAAACAAUCAAGACAAAUUGAUAGAACAAGCCGAACAAAGAUUAAAGUGGGCGAAAGGUGCUAACCCAAAUUUCGUCGAAAUAUCAGCAGCUUUCGAAACGGCAGUAGACAAAAGAAACGCCCAACUAAAUUUCGCUUUAAAAAUCUCCAAUCAAAUAUUAUCUUCAUACGAUACUAUAUUAAAACACGAAUUAUUAAGAACCGCAACGUCAGAAGUAACGAAAAACCGCGACAAAACUUUCCUGAAAGCCUACGAAACGUGGCGACUAGCUUGCCAAUACACCGAUUCAAAAAUCGAAUCUCUAUUACCGUCCGAAGAAAGUAUAUUGAAGAUGCUAACGCCGGAUCUAAUCAACGAUCCCAAAUGGUUACAAAAAAUAUCAGAAAUUUUAACGGAAACCAUCACCGAAGCUCAAAAAGAAUUGAACGACAAAAGGGAAACGAGUUUCGCCGAAAACGACAAUUUGAUAUCCGUAAUGGAUAAUUUCAAAGCCAUUUACAACAUACACGGUAAAUUGAUAUCGGACGUGAAAGGUUUAAUGAAAACAAUGACUAAAAUAGAAGAUUAUAGUAUAGCGACGCAAUAUUUCAUACAAGAAUACCGACAAUAUAUCGAUCACUUUUCGGCUCUAUUCGCCCAAUUCAAAAAGGAAUUGAACAGAGAAGAAAUCGAAGAUUUGUUGAAUCGUUUGGAUUACAUAAAGGAUCAUACGGAAAAUAUAUACGAGGAUUUGCUUAAUUUGGAAUCGGCUCAGAAACGCGCGCAGUUGAUUCAACGGAAAGGUUUAAUCGACGAUAAAUUGCCGGGUCAGAAACAGGAGAAUUCGACUAAAGGACAACAGAGAAACGCGUACGCCGUUAACGUUUGGCGUAGGGUUAAAAUGAAGUUGGAAGGAAGGGAUCCGGAUCCAGGCAGGAAGAGCUCGGUGCAAGAACAAGUGGAAUAUGUGAUACACGAGGCAACGAAUUUGGACAACCUUGCUUUAUUGUAUGAGGGCUGGACUCCAUGGGUGUGAGACAACAACACUACAGAGUAAGGCGGUUAUACUACCGCCUGGAUCUCCUUCGGUUCUACUAGUAGAGCUCCGCAAGCUUGGGUUGCGGCAAAUGUGGAAAAAGCAGCAUAUCCAUCUAAUUAUACUUGCUUAACCGAAUCAAGUUGCUUAGUUUUAUUGUUUUUGCAAGAGAUCAUAAUGCCAUCAAUCUACUGAAUGAGAUCAAAUAUAUUCACCAAAAAAAAUAAAUAAAUAAA